AUGGGAAACUUUAAGACGAAACCUGUGCACCAUAACGAUGGUAACGACCUCAAGAUAUAUCACGAGCCUGAGCGCGAGCGACUAUGCAAAGUUAUUGCGUUUUUCGGGCUGGGAAUUCUUCUUUACAUCAUUUUCUCCCUGGUCAUAGUAGCAGCUCAAGAUAUUCUAGCUGAAACGUAUAUUCCAACUUCUGUUGUUCAAAUUGCAAACAUUGGACCAAAUUUUCUUGUUUCUCUAAUCGUACCGUACUUCAUGCAACGUAUUCCAUAUGUUGUUCGUGCUUUCCUUAUCUUCUUCCUUUCUGUCACCGGUGUCAUCGUGCUCGCGUUAGCGAGGCAAGUUCAAUGGAAGUUAAUCGGUGUGGGAAUGGUUGCAGUUGGUGCUGGCCUUGGUGGACCGACAAUUUUGUCUUUAACAUCGUUUCAUGGCGAGCUGACAUUAGCUGCGUUCUCAGCGGGAACGGGAGUAGGAUUUGCAAUUGCACCCUUGUAUUAUAUAGCCUUGACAACAUGGGCCUGCGUAUCACCAAAGGUUGCCACUCUUAUCAUGGCAGCGAUGAUGGUCCUGAUCUUUGUCUGUUUUUACUUCAUCGACAACUCAGAGACAAAAUGCACCAGUUCUCUAUCGGAUGAUCUUAGUGGAGUGCAUUACUCAGCUCUUGAGACCAAUGAAAAUUUGUGUGACACCUCAAACAAAGAUGAUGAAGAAAAUGAUGAAGGUACCUCUCUUUCUUGGCGGGAAAAAAUGAUGGUCAUUUGUCAGCUGCUGCCUCAUAUGUUACCAUUGUUUAUUACAUGUUUCUCUGAGUACAUUAUCGUUCAAGCCGUCAUUACAACCCUGGCAUUUCCCAGCUCUCCUUUCAAACCUCGUGACCAUUAUGAGUAUUACAUUGUUGUAUUCGUUGUGGGUAAGAUGGCGGGGAGGUCUUACCUUUUAGUGCUGUCCUACAUUAAAAAAGACUGGGGAGAGAAAGCUAAAUUUCCAUACCUUUGGGUUCUGUGUCUGGUCGAAGUCAUGGAUCUUUUGUUUUUAGUGUUGGCUGCAUGGUACCGUUUUUUACCGAGUGUAUCGAUCGUUUUGCUUCUUGUGUUUGUCUGCGGCUUUAAUGUGGGUGCUUUUUAUGUUAACGUAGCGAUAACUUUUAGAAAUUGUCUCCAACAAAAGUACAAGGAGUUUGCCAUGGGAUACAUCGACCUACCUUUAACGGGAGGAGUUUUAACAGCCGCCAUGUUGGGCCUGUACGUUGAACCCCUGUUGCGUGAACAUUGCAUGAUCCUCAUGGAUAACACAGACUUCUGCUUUACAAGAAUACAGUCUUAAGAUCGAUUUUCU